AUGAAGUUCAUCAGAGAUACGGCACCCUCAAACGUCAAGGAGGGGAUGACUUCAGUCGAAGAGGAUGACUCGCAAGACGAGGAAGGAGCAAAAAGUUCAGCGGCCGCGCCUUUGGAUCCCCCCGCGACCUCGUCUUCUCGUGGCAACGGGAAGAAAGACCUCGAACGCUCCAACAACGGAAAAAAGAACAUUAGACCUCUGGCUGAUAAAAUGAAGAAGAAAGCGAGGCUAGUGAAAGUGGACGGAAACGGAACGCCGGACAUCUACGAGCUGGAGAAAUCAGUCGAAUUUCAAGAAGGGGAGUCGAGAGUAACCAAAUAUAACAUUGGACCUGCUCGUUGUGGGGCCGAAAUCGACCAAAAAGUACUUCUAGUAGUUGGGCAGACAGGAGCAGGUAAGACGACUAUGAUCAAUGGGCUGCCGAACUACAUCUACGGAGUUCGAUGGGAAGAUGACUUUCGGUUCCGGGUGGUCACGGAAAAAGGAGACGUGAAUCGUGAAGACAGAUCCCAGAGCCAGACGAAAGAGGUGACCGCUUAUUCCUUCAACUUCCAGGAGGGCAUGACGAUCUCGUACCAUCUCAUCGUUGUGGACACCCCUGGAUUUGGGGACUCCAAGGGUAUGAGCGAGGACGAAGAAAAUGUGAUCAAGGUCAGAGACGACUUUCUGUGA